AUGUGGUAUCUUGAUCCUUCUUUCACCUCUCUUAUUCACCAAUCAUGGCCUACAAACCAAACCCCCCUCUCUUCCAAACUCCAACUCCUCUCACAUUCCAUUCAAAACUGGGAAAAAACCCAAUUCCCAAAUCCCCUAAAAAAAAUCCAAGUCCUAUCCAAGAGGAUUGUUGGCAUCCAAAGGGCUUUGGAAUCAGAUCCUUCAAAUGGUUUCCUUCAGAAACUUGAUGAAAAUCUCUCUAUAGAGAUCUAUGAGCUAUAUGCCCAAGAAGAGUCCUUUUGGGCUGUAAGAGCUAGAACAAACUGGGCUACUUCUGGUGACAGAAACACAAGUUUCUUCCACACUUCUGUCAUCAUCAGGAUGAGAAGAAACAGAAUUGAUAAUAUGAGGAAUGAGGUUGGUGAGCAAAUCCUACCACAUCAACUUCAUGACCACAUAAACUCUUACUUCUUUAAUCUAUUCUCCACUGAAACCAGCUCUUCUGAUUACCCAUCCUGUACCUAUGGGAAUGAGGUCCAGAUAUCUCAUCUCCCUCUCCUGUUUGAGACCCAUUCUACUGUGUUCAAUAUGGGCAGGCUUAAAGCCCUUGAGAUAGAUGGUUUCCACCCUCUCUUCUUCCAGAAUCAUUAG